AGGGAACCAAUAAUAUGAAUAAGCAAAUGCCAUAUUCUAGAAGCUGUCAGAUACUGGCUAUCACCUUCCCAGAGUCUCAAAGACUUCUUUCUACAUGAGAGUGAUGAGCUUAACAGACUUGUCUGAGUUUCCACAAGAUAGAGAAGGAGAGUUCACAUAUAUAUGCUGAAUUGCUUUCUUUCAUCUGAAGGCCCUUCCCUGACCGUAGCGAAGUUGCUCCAUCGCGGGUGCGAGAAAAGGGCCACUUUGGCUGUGUGUUGUCCACGCAGCCACCAGGAAGCAAACGCGUUCUCGAAAGCUGAAGGCUCCAGUGACUUCUCUUACCACCGUCAUGGCAUUCCCAGGUUUCCGCAAGGGCAGUGUGAGAGCAGGCUGUAAAAAAUGUGGCUACCCUGGUCACCUGACUUUUGAAUGCCGCAAUUUUCUCCGAGUGGACCCCACGAAGGACAUAGUUUUGGAUAUCAGCAGUACAAGCAGUGAAGAUAGUGAUGAAGAGAAAGAAGAACUGGAUAAAUUGCAGGCAUUACAGGAAAAAAGAAUAAAUGAAGAACAGGAGAAGAAAAGAGAAAAAAGCAAAGAGAAAAUCAAAUUGAAACAAAAAAGGAAAAGGUCUUAUUCAUCCAGUUCCACUGGAGAAGAUACUUCGAAACAAAAGAAAGAAAAACAUCAGACAAAAGAAGAGGAAAAAGAAAAAAAGAGUAAAUCAAAAAAGGGGAAACAUCACAAAAAGGAAAAAAAGAAGAAGAAAAAAGAAAAGCAUUCUUCAACCCCUAAUAGUUUGGAAUUCUCCAAAAAGUAACCGAGAUUUUGGCCUAAGCCAUUACAUUUAAAAAUUUGUUUUUAUUCACAACUAAUGGUCGCAGUGAGCAUUGUAGAGGGGAAGG